AUGACGAGCCUCUCCAACCGCAGCGAGGCUCAUCAUGUCAGCCAUGUAUUGGCAUGGGUGGCUUCUUCACCUCUUAAUGGCCUUUUUAGCCCUGCCAUACCCCUGUCCUACCCUGAACCUUCUAGCUUUUCAGGUAAGAAUGCCGAAUGGCCGCAGUGGGCAAGACAAGGACAUAGAAAUGGCACCCCCAAAUCAAUCCAUUGGUCCCUGCGACGCUGUCAUCCAACUCGGACAGAAGUUCGUAUCCAAUUUGGAGAGCGUGGAUAUAAUUCAUGGGUGUCCAACGUCCUCAGCCCUAGCCAUAUACGCCGCCCCCUCUUAGCCCCCUCCCACAUGUCCGUACAGGUUCUAGCCGUUGCCGUCGAGAAGGAGGUAUCGGGGAGGAGUGCUUGUCGUCGGAUGUGUUGA